AUGCAAAAUCGGGCUACUGUACAAAAGAUUGUCUCUUCACUCAAUCAACGUCCAACUGUUCUUGUGUCAGCAUCAGCUGCACGUAUUCGAUUAUGUUACUUAGCUGGUUAUGGUAGACGUUAUCGUCAAACUCUACUAUUCUCUGCCGUAUCAUAUUUUUUUAUCACAUCAUUAUCAGGUGAAUGUGAAAAUUUUCAAGGCCUGAAUUACAUACCGCCAUUAUCACAUUAUCCUGAUUUAUAUCCAACAUUUUUGCCCGAUUGGGUACGUAUUCCUGAACUGAAAGCAUCUAUUCGAACUGAACAGAAACGUCAACAUUCAGAUAUGAAUGCUAUAAAGCAAGGAGAUAAAUCGUUAACAAAUUAUAACUUCAAGUUACAUUCAAUUUCAUUUAUAGUUCCUGGACAAAUUUCUAUUAAAUCAUCUUGUACAAAAUCGGUCAAUAAAAAUAAUCAAUCAGAUUCAGACGAUGAGAUAGAAAUUUCACCUAAGACGACAACUGAUAAUUCUCUUCAUUGCCUUUCUAAUUCCUGA